AGAUCUUUUGUGAUAUUGUGAGGAGUAAAAUAUUGCAAAGAAAGUAUAAUAUUAUGUUUCUUGUUCCAAAGCAUUUCCAAAGUAAGUACAUUCUCUGUGGAGGUUAGGGGUUUAAUGCGAGGCCGUUAUUAUUUUGAAUACCAUGAAUACAAUAAUAAAAAAUGUGAUAUGUCAUUUGGAUUUGCGUAAGUAAAUAACAUAAAUAAGAAUAAUUUUAGUGAAUUAACUUGAAAUGCAGUCUUCUCUGUCCAUUUUAAUCUGCCUUGUUUUAUUGAAAAGCAUUUACGUCUACGCAGAAACUGGUACGGAUGAUUUGAUAAAAGAAUUCCGCGAAAGCAUGAUGAAACAAGCAUUCCUAGAAGAUAAUGACUCAAAAUACAGAACAGAAGAUGGUGAAUUUGACCUCAAACACACUAUCAAAGACAAACGCAAGAGAUUGGACCAGCACGGAAAGCACUACGAACAUCUAGUGCCGAUGAUAAAGAAAAUCCGGGACCACAUUCGAGACCCUGACAAUCUAGACCAAUUCAUAGCUUCAAGGGGACUCGAAAACUUUUUCGUGAACCAUCUCGAUAUCAAGCAUUCCGGCAUACGCAAAGAGCUGCUUCAAACCCUCAAAUUAAUCUUUGAUCUCUCCCCAGCGCUCACUAGACAACAUCUGCCGGAGGCUGUAUCGGAAUCCCUUGUCGACAUAUUUGAGACCGACGAUGACUUAGAGUGCAAGGGUUUAGUGCUAGAAAUCUUGUAUUCCUGGCUUCCGGAAAACCCCCACCUACAAGCAAAAAUCAUCGACUAUAAAGGCCUAGACCCGUUCUACAUGCAAAUAACAAAUCUUAGCGCUGACGUCAUUUAUACGAUGCUAGAUCUAUUUAACAGGAUUUUAAAGGAGCAUCUAAAAGGCAUCAGCAACUUGAAGGACUUGGGUACUGUGGGGGAAGGGCGUGAUCUCUUGAAGUACUUAGCCACGCCUAAGACAUGUAUCGGAUUGUUUAAUGUUUUCGAGAUAUCGUUCGUUUACAGUACGCUCGAGAAUAAACUUAUGGUUCCAGUUUUUCAGCUGAUGCAGAGUGUGGCUCCAAUAUGUUCGGAGUCGUUUGCUAGAAUGAGCAAGUCUAGAAGUCUGUUUAAAGACCUUUUAGGGUACAUAUCGAAGGACGAUAACAAAGCUUAUUACAAUAAUCUGAACAUCAAUGUGACUGCUGUCCAGGAUACAGUGAAAGGGUUCUUGAGGAAGAAACAUGGACGUAUAGAGCUGUAAUGAUUCCACUGCUCCUUGAACUAAAUUGCUAUUAGAUAACAUUGUUGUUUUAAUGUCUGAUUAAAUAAAGAGUAUGAUUUGUGGAGCUCAA